CCUAAGUGGCAGGGGUCCGAUAUGAACGUGGGGAAGGCGAUUGGCUAGUCAAGUAGGUUUUAACUCUAAAGGAUAAAGAUGGCGCCGCGUUCUUUGGUCAACCUUCUGGGCUCGCCUUUGGGUUUACGCGUGCUUGCCCCCAAUGGACGCGAAAAUAUGACACACUUGUCUCUCCAUGAGGAUUCGUGUUGCUUGGCGACUUGUGUCUCUGUCUCUGUCGUCAGAGCACGUGGUCUCAUGGCCGUUCUGUCACGGUGGAGAGAGCUCUUGGAGGCAAAAGGACCUGCCGAUUGUUCCCACGCUUGGGUCGCUGAUACACAGAGUUCAUGUACGCGGAGGUCUCCGACGAGAAGAGGUCAAGUGGCGAAUCAGCGCGAGAUUCGUCGUUGGCCUUGGAUUCUGCGUCUUUCGACAUGCCUUUUUCGGUAAGGAGCCGUUAGAGCCGUCAGAGGCGCCAAGUGAGAUUGGCGAGAUACAAGGGCCCUUUGUUCGGAAGGCUGGCUCAUUGAGGCAUCUGGCAUGUGGCGGUGGGCUUCAAUUGUAUCGCGAUUGAUGUCCCUCCGAGGUCGGCGAGAUGCUUCUUGUUUUCGAGUUGGUUGGCCUACUCAGGAGAUACAAGCAUCCCAGUGGGAUUGAAUCAGCUUUGCUUCAACAUGCGCAAUUGGCUAGAUUUCUGGGGCGACUUGUCCUGGCUAAGAAUUC